CUCUGUCGUCUUGUCACAGCUCAUCUUCCAUGAAGCCAAACAUCUUUACUCCGCCUGGGUGUGUCACAAACACAAUGCGUAACAGUCGAGCUCAAAUAUUUCUGCCCUGUCGCUUAUCACCGCGUCUCCCUCGGGGUCAGGCACAGUUACUGCAGAGAUGGAGACUCUGAUCACAGGGAGAGGGAUGGGGCGUCGGCCUCCUGUCUAAUGGAUGGGUUGGGCCUUCUGCUGCGGCCAUAAGCAUCACCUUCCCAACGAUCCCUGGCACACACAAACAAACACACACACACACACACAAACACACACACCUAAACACACACAUAUACUCAGAUUUAUGAGAUGAAAAGAAACACAAGUCUGUAUUUAGAAAAAAAAAUAUAGAGCUCAAUCAUGCAGAGUGAGAGAUUUUAAUGAAGUGAAAUGAAGCAGUUACUUUUACUAUUUUUUUAAUACAUUUUUGGUCUGAGACUCCGGCCCUUUUUAACACUAAUUUAUAAAAAAUCAUGAUUAACAAGAGGUCUUUAGUGUUUCAGAAAAGUUCAAAUUAAAUCCAUUACAAUUUUAUAAAGUGGGUUUCUAUAUCUGCAGUUGGUGUUAUUGGUACUUUUUACACACUAACCCCACAUCCCUAACUCUAAAUAAGUUUAUUGUAGUUUCUGUUGUUGAGUUUUAUAACAGUUUAAGUUCACAAAGGAGAAAGAUCUCUGUGGGGAUGAUUGAUUUUAUAUUAAGAUAAGAUAAGAUGAUAUAAGGUAAUCCUUUAUUAGUCCCACUAUGGGGACAUUUUCCAUUAUUAAAGAUAGUUUUUUUUUCCUUCUAUACGUCGAGAAAGUAAAGGCAAUUUCAACAGAAAACACAUAUUAGAUGACAGUUUGGUCUUUUGCUGUAUGUAUAUCACAAUUUAAAAACAUGGAAACCGUAUCCUUUCAAAUCAAACUCCAAGCUGUGAGUGUACGCUGAAAUCAGAGACAAUGAUAAUAUGGUUUCUGCUGAGAUACCCAGAUUAAUCCGUAGCCGGCCAACAUGUUGACGAUAGCUGUAACCUCUGGCGUUGGUCUAUGUGACAGGCUCAUUUUUACAGAUGGGGGUCGUCAGCCCCAAACUCAACCCAUGUCAACCCAAAUUAAAGAGGGAUGAGAAAUUAUUCUUUUAUAUAUUAUUUUAUGAUACUGACUCUGGGAUGUGAAAGAAGGUUGAAGAAACGUUAUGGCUCUGAGGUGGAAAACUAACACCUCCGUCCAGCAUUUGAUCACAAAUUAUUUCCCCCCCAAUAUGAAGUCCAACUGCCUUGUUCUUUGUACUUUAGGUCAUGGAAAAACAAAUCAGAUUAACUUUCACACACAAAAGGCCUUGACGUUCAAAGUGUGGAGUAACUCUCAUGUUUAGUUAAUUUAAAUGAAUAUGUUAAUAUGUAACAGAUUAUAAUAACAGCACCGCAGUUCAAGUGCAGGGGGCUGAGGUGUUCUCCCCCGUGAAGAAGCUUGUGAAUGAUAUUUGCUCAACGAUUCCGAGCUCGGACGAAGUUGGAACCCCGCCCCACCUCUCGGACCCAGCCAAUCAGGUUUGGGUAUUCAAAUGAGCCGACCAUAAAGAUGACUUGGAGCUGCAUGUGUGACAGAACAUAAGAAACUUCACCAGCACAGAGAGGUGACCUGGCUGUUCCCACAGUGGAUUUACAAGCAGCCUCCAGACAACUCCAGACACUUCGUUUUAUAGGAAAAAUAAAGUCUCAAUAAUAUGGGAGAAGAAAAUAGGAUUUUUUGGACUGUAUGGAUAAUUUUGGUCAACGUCAUUGCAGCUUUUUCUACCAACCCCGAAGCCACCACUGGGUUUGUAAACACUACAGCCUUCACUGCUCCGCUGCCAACCACCGCUGAAUGGAUCGCAGACUUCACUGACAUUGUGACCAAGUUCUCCCUGCGCACAGCCGACAUCCCUGAUGAUGACAUGUGCUACAUUGUGGCCGGGAGGCCAGAGACCAUUGAGGAGUGUAAAUUCAAUGUUCAGACGCAGAGCUUCAUCCUGAUACAUGGCUGGACGGUAACAGGGAUGUUUGAGAGCUGGGUGCCCAAGCUGGUGUCUGCACUGUACGAACGGGUUCCUGACGCUAACGUGAUCGUGGUGGACUGGCUGACACGCGCCAACCAGCACUACUCGACCUCCGCAGCCUACACCAAACUGGUGGGCCGUGAUGUCGCCAAGUUCGUGACCUGGAUACAAAAUGAGCUGCAGUUGCCCUGGGAGAGGAUUCACCUGGUGGGUUACAGUCUGGGAGCACAUGUGGCUGGAAUUGCCGGAGACCUCACCAACCAUAAAAUCAGCAGGAUCACAGGUCUGGAUCCGGCCGGUCCCACCUUUGAGCACGCCGACGAACAGAGCAUUCUGUCCCGUGACGAUGCCCAGUUCGUGGACGUCCUGCACACCAACACCAGGGGCUCCCCGGACCGCAGCAUCGGCAUCCAGAGGUCCGUGGGACACAUCGAUAUCUACCCCAACGGUGGCACCUUCCAGCCGGGCUGUGACAUCCAGAAUAUGUUGAUGACAAUCUCAAUGGGGGGGAUCAAGGGCCUCCAAAAUAUGGACCAGCUCGUCAAAUGCUCCCACGAGCGCUCGGUCCACCUGUACAUCGACUCUCUGCUGAGCACCGAGCAGCAGACCAUGGCAUACCGCUGCAACUCCAAAGAGGCCUUCAACAAGGGCAUGUGCCUCAACUGCAGGAAGAACCGCUGCAACAAGCUGGGCUACAACAUCAACAAGGUCCGCACCACCCGCAGCACCAAGAUGUACCUCAAGACCCGCGACAUGAUGCCCUACAAAGUUUUCCAUUACCAAGUGAAGGUGCAUUUCUUCAGUAAGGACAGUCUGAGCUUCACGGAGCAGCCAUUGAAGAUCUCUCUGUUUGGAACCAACGGAGAGAAGGAGGACAUCCCCUUUGUCCUGCCAGUGCUGAAUGGUAACACCACCCUCUCUUUCCUGAUCACCACCGACGUCAAUAUCGGAGACUUGAUGAUCGUCAAGCUGCGCUGGGAGAAGGACUCUAUCAUCAGCUGGUCCUUCUGGAGCAGCACACAGUUGCACAUCCGGAAAAUGCGCAUUAAGUCCGGGGAGACCCAGUCCAGGGUGAUCUUCAGUCCAAAGGAAGGAGAGUUUGCCUACAUGGUCAGGGGAGGAGAAGAUACAGUGUUUGUCAAGUCAAAAGAAGACAACAUGAGCCGUAAAGAGAAAUUGAUUCACAAGCUGAAAAUGCAAGGGAGUAAUUUUGUGCAGAACGACGCUUGAAGUUGCACUCGAUCAGACACAUCCUGCACAUUAUCCAUCUCUUCACACACAGCCAAAGAUGGACAGCACCCCGUGAAAGCCUUGUUCUGCGACUGAGAGAGAGAGAGAAAGAGACGGAGAGAGGGAGAGAGAGACACUGCUUAGUCUUUAUGAUCCUUCCUGCUUAUCUUUACUCAAACUCCCAGUGCAACCAACACACCCUCGUCCCACUGUUCACAAGCUCUCCUGUUCGUGAUGAUGUGGUCACACUUUUAUAAAUUCACACUCUGAGAAGCUUUCACUGCAUAUCUUUGUAAUCAUUGUUUUUUUAUGUUGAAUCUGUCAUUUACUGUUUAUACUGAUUUAUAAUGUAAUUUCAAACUCUGAACUGGCGGGUGUUCUUUGCCUAUGUGAACUUGGAUUAUUGUUAAUCUAAGAAAAAUGAUUCAGAGUGACAGGCAUAAUUUACUUUUUUUUCGCUUUUUGUUUGUUAUCGUGCAACUUGAUCACUUUGUCCCGAACGUUCAUCUACAUCUCACCAGUAAUUCCCAACAAUCAACAGGGACCAAAGAAAUAUUUACUGAACAGAAAAUCCCAGUGGUCAAUGUACAUACCUUUCUUAAUCAGUAUUAUAUAUAUAUUUUUUGAAUAUGAGUUAUAUGUUGAUAUCUGAUCUCUUGAAGCCUUGCUUUUUCUUUGAUUGCGUUUUGGUUAUUGUGUCACUGGUCACUUUAAAAGGCUCUUUGUCCCCUGCAGCUGCUUUUGAUGUUAAGGUCAUUGAAAGUGCCGUCCAGCACGGUCACGCGUUCUUAGGUUUUGUCAUGAAAAUGAAGGUCACUUUUAAUGAUCCAGUAAUGGCUAAGUGCACUUGAAAAUGUAAUGAAUGGGUCAACAGUGUCUCACCUGAAACAGUUUACCUCAAUGACUAAACUCAGGCUAUGACAUGCCCUUAUUUUUGAAAGGUCAAGCGUUACUAAAUCACUGAAAGAAAUACAAAAAUGCAAGCCUUUGUAAUUUGUGAUGGACUGGCCUACAUGAUAGCCAUAAUACAUCUCAAGAAUACUUCAUAUUGUAUUUAUGGAAUGUACAUUUAUAUAUUUGUAUAUUAAGCUGUAAUAUAUUUUGGCAGGCUUCCAUUGUCGUGUGUGUUUUUAUAAAAUGUGAUUUAAUGCAAAAGGCUUUGGAACGAUUGAUCAAACUGGUCUCCAUGCAAGCUGUUAAGUGCACUGUAUCGAGAAAAAGCCUGGGAUGGUUUAAUAAAGAGAUAAUUCAAUACUA